UCUCUUGUGUAUUUGCUGUUAGUAUUGCAGCUGAAAUAUUCAACACAGUUGGCAGAAAACCAGAGAGUUAAACAUUUAUAGUGUAGGUUUUCCUUACCCUGCGAGUGUGAUACGCUUUCAGUUUGCAACCUUUAGGGUGUAGAUGCAGAAAAGUAGGAGGAAAGUCAACAAUACAGGCAAUUUGGGUAUUUGAGAGAGGCAUCAAUGGUGAGAUCCCCAAACAGACAGACAGAAAACAGCCGGUUUGUGCUGGUGCCACUGGUGAAGUCUGUUUGAUUGCGUCCUCAGGAACCUGAAGGGGUACUGUUGACAACAUGACGAUAUGAAUGAAUGCUGAAAGGUCGACCACUAGUUCACUCGCAGCAGUAACAGAAAGCUGAUAGAGCUGAAGGUGGGCUGAGGCGGCUUUUUCACCAACUCUAAUUAGUUUUCAGGGUUUCUGAGCAGAAUGAGGAUGUUGAAGAGAGCCUCCGCCCUCAUCCUGAGGAAAGGAACCUACCAGAGCACAUGGAGCAAAAAGGACAACCUCUUUAGAGUCCACCCAUCGGUGUCACAGGCGUUGGCAGAGAACAAACCAGUGGUGGCCCUUGAGAGCACUAUUAUCACACAUGGCAUGCCCUACCCACACAACCUGAGCACAGCGAAGGAGGUGGAGGCCAUUGUUCAAGCUGAAGGGGCCACUCCAGCUACCGUCGGGGUGAUCGAGGGUAAAGUCCAUAUUGGACUUUCAUCAGAGGAGCUCGAUCAGCUCGCUCAGAGCAAGAGGCCGCUGAAGGUGUCCCGCCGUGAUCUGCCAUAUGUCAUCAGCAAAGCACUCACUGGAGGAACAACGGUGUCAGCCACUAUGAUCGCAGCGCAUCAUGCUGGAAUCCCUGUGUUUGUGACAGGAGGCAUUGGAGGAGUUCACAGAGAUGGAGAGAAGAGUCUGGAUGUGAGUGCAGAUCUGACAGAGCUGGGCAGAACCCCCAUCGCUGUGGUCUCUGCUGGGGUCAAAUCUAUUCUGGACAUCGGACGCACCCUCGAAUUUCUGGAGACACAGGGCGUGUGUGUGGCCACGUACGGGCCAAACCUGAAUUUUCCAGCCUUCUUCUCCUCACAAAGUGGAUUCACUUCCCCGUAUCAAGUCGACAACCCCGAGGAGGCAGCCACACUCAUCACGAGUGCCCUGUCUCUGGGCCUUCAAAGCGCUGUCCUGUUGGCCGUGCCCAUCCCAGAGGAGCACGCGGCAACAGGCCGACAGAUAGAGGACGCCGUCCGGGCUGCGCUGACCGAGGCGAGAGCUAAAGGGAUUACAGGCAAAGAUGUGACGCCAUUUAUUCUUCAGAAGGUUAAUGAACUGACUGAAGGAAAGUCCCUUCAGGCCAACAUUGCUCUGAUUCACAACAAUGCUAGAGUUGGAAGUAGGAUCGCAUGUGCUCUGUCAAAACAAAUGACUGAGAGGAGGUUUAAUGGCAAAAUCCACCAUCAAGGAAAACCUUUACCCAACUCAGGAUCUGAUAUUGUGAGUAUAAACUCUUAUUAUGGAUGUUUUUUAGCACAUUCUGGUGCCCAUACUGUAGCUUAUUUAUUUCAGGUUGUUGUAGGAGGAAUAAAUGUGGAUUUUAUCGCUAAAGGAAAAACUAAAACCCUUCAUUUCGGGCAGACCAACCCAGGAAGUGUCUGUCAGUCAUUUGGUGGUGUGGGAAGAAAUAUUGCUGACUCUCUGAGUCGUCUAGGUCACAGACCCUUGUUCAUCUCCGCUAUGGGGGCGGAUUCACACAGCGAAGCAGUGCUAAACUACUGUAAACACAUAAACACGAGCGCUGUGAUGAGGCUGAAAGACCAAAGCACAGCUACUUACUGUGCUGUGAUCAGUGAGAGCGGAGAGCUGAGUCUUGGACUGGGUGAUAUGGACAUUCAUCAGCAAAUUACAGAACACUAUGUGUCGCAGUUUGAGAAGCAGCUUUCAUCAGCCACUCUCGUGUGUCUCGAUGGAAACAUCCCUGUCGCCACCAUCGACUAUGUUUGCUCUGUUGCCAAAAAAUACAACAUCAAUGUUUGGUAUGAGCCAACGGAUUCGGAAAAGGCCUGUAAACCUUUCCUGUCAGAUGCCUGGAGGUCACUGUCAUAUUCGUCCCCAAACCUGGCAGAACUGCUCACCAUGAACAAAACACUGGGUCUCGCAAUUCCUGAAGAGCUGCCCAGCUCACUGGAGGAGGUGCUGAGCGUUGCUGUGGCUCUCUCACGCCCCCUGCUGGAGCACCUUCACUGUCUGGUGGUCACUCUGGGAGCUCAUGGGGUGUUGGUGUGUGGAAAUCAUGAUGCCGGCUCAGUCAACAUGCAGCCAAGAAAACAGAAAAGUAGGAGGCAGCUUUGUGCUCUGCAUUACCCAGCACUGACGUUAGCAGCUGAAGAGACAGUGAACGUCUCAGGGGCAGGAGACAGUCUCGCUGGUGCCUUGAUGGCAGGGAUCCUGCAAGGGCGAGACACAGACAGCUGUGUUCGAAUGGGACUCUUGGCCGCGAAGUUGUCGCUGGCAUCCCCGCAUCCCAUCGCUCCCACGCUAAACAGGGAGUCUGUGGAUCCAAACAAAGUCCAGGCUCAGAACUGGCUCAAACCGAGCUUCAUGUGGAUCUAAUAAAACAAGUUUUUUUUAAAAUGAGUUUAAAAAAAAUUGUUUGUUUGAAUUUGUUAAAAAGACCUUUCCUGCAAUCUAAAUUAUACUCUACAACAGAAUGUGAUACAGCAUUACAAUUCCUGUAUAAUUUAUGUCUUAACACCAUAAAUACUAUGUUACUGGAUAAUGCUUAGCAUUUAACUCUUUCUUGCAUUAAUCAUGAGAACCUCAGGCAAGACUUUUUUUCCUUAAAUAUUUUUAUUUCUGCCCAUGCAAAGAAUCUUUGCACAUAUAAUAUUAACAUCUGAAAGUAUUAUACUAAAGUUUUUAUACAAAUGGUAAUAUAUCAUCCUUCCAUUAGUAUUUCAUUCUUAAAGUUAUUAACUUUAAAUUUAAAUGUGAAAAGGUUUCCCGUUUAUCUUGAAUAACUAAACAGUAACUAAUUUAAACAUGUGAAUUGUUGGGUUUUGCCUGUAUUUAAGUGCAGCAUAUAAAAUAUUAAAUACCCAAAUAUGAAAUACCA